AUGGCCACGUCUUUCAUUUUUGUUGUUGUUACCGUUACAUGUCUUUUUCAAAUGUCUGUCCAUAAAAGCUUGGCUUUCUUGAUCCGCCACAGGACCAUUGGGUGCUUGAUCGAUUCAUGUCGUUCCUGCGACAAUUGCGCCCAGGACUUGGAGAAUUACUGCCCCAAACCUAUCCUUACAUACAAUUCUCUCGUCUACGACGACUCAACAACCUUUGGUGGGUUCUCUGAUAAGGUUGUCAUCGACCAUCACUAUGUGCUUCAUUUCCCCAACAACCUGCCUCUUUAUGUAGCUUCACCAUUGCUUUGUGCUGGGAUUAUUGUUUACAAUCCCAUGAAGUAUUUUGGCUUCAGUGAACCAGGAAAGCACUUGGGUGUGGUUGGCCUUGGUGGGCUUGGUCAUAUGGCCAUCAAGUUUGGUAAGGCUUUUGGACUUAUGGUUUCGAUGAUCAACACGUUGGCUAGUAAGGAGAAGGAAGUGCUUGAGCGACUGGGUGCCGACUCCUUCUUGGUUAGCCGUGACCCUGAUCAAAUGCAGGUUGCAAUGGCUACCCAGAUGGUAUCCUCGACACAGUCCUUUUUCGACGACGGAGUUCAGGACAGAAAGAGGAGGAGGGUUUAUUCCGGUGAUUGGGUUAAUGGUCAAUCAUAUUUCCCUCAUUAA